AUGGCUGUUCCUUCUCCACUAUUUGUUCAUUUUGGCUUGGAUCGUGGUGUUUCUUGUUCUGCUAUUGUAACUUUGAAUGAUGAGACUUACUUGUCUGUUGGUACUACUGGUGGGAAUUGUCGUUUAUUUUCGCUUACAAAUCACUUACAUGUUGCUACAGUUUAUGAUGACCUUAAUAAGAGAUCAAUCGUAGCAGUUGGGCAGUUUUCGGAAAACUGUAUUUUCUUACAUAUUCGCGCGUAUAAAAUUCUAGUGCUAUCAGUGAACGAAAAUUCAAAAGUUUUAAACUUCAACAUUACAAAGUCUAUACGGACAGAAUAUUAUGGUUUCUGUGGUGCAUUUCGUGACAAAUCUAACUUUUUUUGUCCUAUGUAUAAGAAUGAUAAAUGUAAAAUCAAUAUUUAUUCGGACAUAUCAGAGGAAUCGUCUGAAGUUGAGUUUUCCGAUAAUCGUUGCUCUUUAAUGGCCACUUCGGUAACAAAUAAUGGGUAUUUGAUUUGUGGUUUCGACGAUGGAAACACAAGAAUUGUUGAUAUUUCAGAUCUUACUAUUAAACAUGAAAAGCAGCUAUAUUCGGACUCUAUUUUUUCAUGCGCGUCAUUUGCUAAUAUGUUUGCAAUAUCGUCUGUCAAGCCACCGAUAAUGUUAUGCAAAUGUGAUGGAGAAAUUACUGUCGAAAAAGAAAUUAUGUACCCACAAAAAGCUGGUGGUUGUUCGUCGUUAUGUUUCUCAGAAUGCGGCAAAAUGCUUGCAUCAGGUUAUUGGAACGGAACAGUUCGUAUAAACUCUGUAAAAACAGGCAAGAUACGGGCUUUUCUAGAUUUUCAUUCCGAAAUUAUCAACUUUUUGCAUUGGAAUCAAGUUAAUAAACGCCGGUUAUUGUUUGUGUGUUCUAAAGAUGCUAAAUUAUCGAUGUGGAAUUUGCAUAAUGAUUAA